GAAGGGACUUUCACCUCCUAGAAGUCCAUUUUUACAAAGACUGAUUGUGGAGGCAGCUUUCCAGGUGAGGAUUUGUCUCAAAGUAGCAGUGUGGCUGCAAUGAGGCCAACUGCUUCAAGCUCCCACUGCUGUGACCUUCCCAGCAUGAUGGACCGUGCCUUGAACAGCACAGAUGCUAAGCAACUUCCUGAGUAACAUCAUUCAUGGAGAUGACAGGAGAGAUCCUGGUACACUGGAAACUCAAAAGACUAAAAUGCACUUGUUAAUGUAAUGUGAAUCCAGUGGUGAGAAGAGGAACGGAGAAGGUCAGACAGAGACUCCUGUGCUUCCUUCAAGUCCUGUGUUUCCUUAAGGCUGGCUAAACUAUCCUCAUGAUUGUCCCACUGCAAGGUGCACAAAUGCUGCAGAUGCUGGAGAAAUCCUUGAGGAAGUAUCUUCCCGAAUCCUUAAAGGUUUAUGGGACUGUCUAUCACAUGAACCAUGGAAACCCAUUCAACCUAAAAGCCCUAGUUGACAAGUGGCCUGAUUUUAACACAGUGGUUGUCCGCCCUCAGGAGCAAGAUAUGGCAGAUGACCUUGAUUACUAUACCAAUACUUACCAAAUCUACUCUAAAGACCCCCAGAACUGUCAGGAAUUCCUGGACUCCCCAGAAGUAAUCAACUGGAAACAACAUUUGCAGAUUCAAAGUUCCCAGUCCAGCCUGAAUGAGGCAAUACAAAAUCUUGCAAACAUUCAGUCUUUCCAAGCCAACCACUCAGAAAACAUCCUCUUUGUGGCAUCAGAGACAAUCAAGACACUGUUCCCUUCCCUGCUGGAUACAAAGAAUUUGUCACCGGGCAGUGGCAAGCCCAAGGCCAUCAAUCAAGACAUGUUUAAGCUUUCAUCCUUGGAUGUUACCCAUGCUCCCUUGGUGAAUAAAUUCUGGCUUUUUGGUGGCAAUGAGAGGAGCCAGAGAUUCAUCGAACGUUGUAUUAAGAAAUUCCCAAGUUCCUGUGUCUUGGGACCUGAGGGGACCCCUGCAUCCUGGACCCUAAUGGACCAAACUGGAGAGAUGAGAAUGGGAGGCACCAUGCCUGAGUACCGGGCCCAAGGUCUUGUCUCCUUUGUCGUCUAUUCACAAAGCCAGAUUAUGAAGAAACGUGGCUUUCCUAUUUAUUCUCACACAGACAAAAGCAAUACUGCUAUGCAAAAAAUGAGCUACUCACUGCAGCAUCUCACCAUGCCCUGUGCCUGGAACCAAUGGAAGUGUGUACCUGUGUGAAGAUGGCCUCAAACACAAGAUGGUGUUGGGUGGGUCUGGGGAUGUAAUUGGAUGGUGGAAAAAGAGUAGAGGUGACCAAAAAGAAAGAAUAAAUGGAAACCAGAAGCAAA